CUGGAGUGGAACUUGUAGUCUACUUGUUUUUUUGUGUGUUUGUACUUUUCCGAUACUUUACAAAUAUUUUGCUCUUUUACAUACUGGACUAGCAUUACACUUGUUGCUAAGAUUACAUAUUAGACAAUUUAUUCAUUUAAUUUUUUUGAUUAACAGUAAAACACGUAGCUAUAGCUGGCUAGCUAGCUAGCAAAAGUGAAGCGUAGCAUCGUCCGGCAGCCAUGAUGGCGCAAGUUCAAGUAAUUAAAGCAUCCAACUGGCUGCAGCCGAGCAUUGUUGGGAACACAACCCCGCCAGUCUGUGCUGCGAGGAAGUAGGAGGAGGGCCGGGGCUUCACACACACUCACCGCCGGAGUCAGGUAACCGCCGACUGGCUUCCUCCUCCUCGCACACACACGAAAGGACGCAUAAGGAGAGCGCUUGUCUCUCCACUCCUUUUUUUUUUUUUUUUACUGUCACGUUCUCUUUUUUAGUUGGAGAAAGUUCAACAAAGUUUUUAACCUUUACUUCGUUUUAUUAGUCUAUUUCCGCGGCUUUUUUGUGCUAGUUUUGGACUGGACUCCUGUCAAGCGAUCCAGUGUAAACAGGUGCCAGGAUGGAUGAGGCGCAGAAGUACAAACACCGUCUGGAGGCCAUUGCUGAGAAGCGGCGGCUGCAGGAGGAGCAGGAGCGAGCCAAAAGAGAGAUGGAGGACGAAAAACUGAGAGUGCAGCAGCUCAAGAGGAAGUCCUUGAGGGAUCAAUGGCUGAUGGAGGGAGCUCCUUUGUCUCCUUCUUCCCUGGAUUCCCAAAGCCCACGCACUCCUCCAUGGGCCUCUCCGGAGGUGGGAGAGAACAGGUCACACAGUGUGCAGGUUUCAGAGGGAGAGGAGGAAGAACAGAUCGCAGUGGGCCAAACGGAAGCAGUGGAAAUGGAAGAGGAAGGCGUGGAAAUGAUGCGAGGUGCAGUUCUGCUGAAUAGAGACAACAACAACACAGAGAGAUCAGGGAAAGUUGAGGGUGAUGUGAAGGCGUGUCAAAUCUCAGCGCGGGACGAAGACGCAACAGUCAAUGGUGGAGGAGACUUGAAGGAAGGAGAUUUGAGACCCCACAAUGAGGCUUUGGAGCUUUGGAACUCUCAGGCCGGCACCACAAACGGACCAAGCGAGGAGGAACCGGGGAAGAGCCCGCUUGUCAACAUUUCAACUCUGAGCUGCACGGAGCUGGAUGAAGGGGUGGUCGUCAUGAGAGCCGAACGAGUCAUCAUCUUGGAUGAUGAUGAUGAGGAGGAGUUAGAAGAAACCCCGCAGACAACUCCAGAAUCGUCAGGAGAGACCGUGGAGGAGAUGGAAGGAGGUCUGGAAGCCUCUGUAGAAUGGGUGGAGAUUGAGGCUAAUGCGGAUGAGCAAUCAGGAACAGCAGGAGACGAUGGCGAGUGUGAGACUCAAGCGCAGGACAACAAAAUGGAGGUUGAAGCAUCCGUGGUGGUGACGCAAUCACCAGGCAUCCCUCCAGAGGGCGCCACAGUGGCUCCUGUGCCGGUGUACGCUCAGUCGGAGCCUUCACAGGCUCUUCAAGCCGAAGGAGAAACCCCAGCUGCAGAAGCAACACCGGGGGAAGCUGACACGUCUUCCCUAAAAGCCCCGGAGGAGCGCAUCGACUCUCAGUUCCACGAGGUUCCCCUGAGCGAUACUCUGGAGAACCACAGGACUGCGGCGGAACCCGGCGAGCAGGAACCUCUCCUGGAGGAGGUCCAAGCUGCAAACGUGCACAAGGCGGAGGCGGCCGAGAGCCGGCCGGCUGGCACACGCACACCUGGAGACGCCAUGGAGGCACCUAAAAAGAAAAGCUGCCAGUGCUGCUCCGUCAUGUAAAGCCAACAAAAAUAUUGACACUUUUUUUACGCAGUACAACAAUAACAAUACAAUAUGAUUCCACUCAUACAGUGUGCAGUUUAUAAUUGAAAUACCUUUUAUUACACUCAUUUUAUUGAGCUCAUGA